CCUUGUUUGGCUCAAGCUGCGCAGCUCGAUCAGCACACCCGGCCCGAGAUCGGGCGGCCCUGGCGGCGGACGGGAGCCAUGUUCGGAAAGACAAGCCGUCCGAUCACCACCCUGAUGCUCCACAAUGUGCCCCGGAUGUACACUCAGGAGCAGCUUCUGAAGGAGAUCGAGCACGCGUCGGGCAACAAGGUCGGCUUCAACUUUCUGUAUCUGCCCUGGGACUCGCGCCUCGGCCGGAACGUGGGCUACGGGUUCCUGAACUGCUGCGACGCGGAGGGUGCGGAGUGGUGCCGUGCGUUCUUCAGCGAGUAUUACUUCUGCAAGUCGGCGAAGCGCAAGCCGUGCGCGAUAUCCCCAGCCCACAUCCAGGGAGUGGAGAGCAACCUGAUUCACUUGGUCGACACGCUGGUGGGAGAGGGCGGCAAGAGCGCGCCGAUCAUCCUCUGGCAGGGGCAGAGUGUCCGGUUCCCGCAGGUCGUCGCCACCCUGCGGCAGCUCCUCGGCACGCCCGCGAGGCUCCCGGGGCCCAGCGGCAGUGCGGUCCAGCAGCCGGCCUUGGAGGGCCUUGAGGCGCGCAGGCCGCAGCCCGCGUCCGCGCCCGGUGCCUCGGGGAGGCCUCCGGCGGCGGCGCAGAGCCCGCCACCCAGCCGCAGCAUUCGCGUGGCCGGCAGCGCGGAGGCGCUCGGCAGCGGCUCGCGCGGGCGCGCCGCGGGAGGCGGCAGCGACAGCGACGAGCACGAGGACGCCAGCUGCCUGCGGGCCGAGUUCUCGCUCGCAAGGCGCCUCGGGGCCCUCAUGCUGGAGAGGCGCGCCGCGCUGCUGCGGGCCGCCCCCGCCGCAGGCCCGAGCACCGCGCCGUCGCCCGCCGAGCCGGCCGGCGGCGGCGGCGCCCCGCCGCGGGUGCCCGCCGGCUUCCGCCGCCCGCCAGGCCUGGAGCUGCCGCAGCGCCCGGUGCCCGUGGGCGGCGCGGCCGCGGGAGGCGGCAGCCCAGCGCGGACGCCGCCGUUGGCCGCUGUGGGGAGGCCGACGGUGACGGAGUCGGCCAAGGAUCUCCAUUCGCUGGCGUCCGAGAAGUUCUUCGACACGUGGUCCAGCGACUCUGGGUGGCUCGCCGGCGGCGUGGACGGCGCCAGCGUCGAGAAGUCCCCGGGUGUUUCGGGCAGGCUGGUUGCUACUCUCGACUUCGGCAGCCUGAAGGUAUUUAGCCUGUGA